AUGGACGUACAUGAUGGAAGCAUAAGGAACUUACUUAAUGCUAACAAUAACUUACCAGGAACUAUUAAAGCAUUUAUAAAGUCCUUUGUAAAACCUGGUGCUCUAACAUUUAGGUCUUUGAGAGCAAGAGCAUUGAAGUCAAGAGAUGCAGAAACUCCAACAGAACCUACAGAAGGAACUGAAACAACAGAAACUCCAGAAGAACCACCAAAACCAACAGCUAAUGAAAUAUUGUUCGAAUAUUUUCCAAGGUACUCUGUUCUCAUUGCAUACAUUCAAGAAAUACUUAAGAAAGCAGACUUGACUUUAGGAGAUGAUGAAAGUUCUGUAUAUCUUUCGUUCCAGUUUCAAAUAGCAGAACUUUUGAGACAGAUAUGCUUAAUGUAUGACAACAUCUCUGAUUUCACAAGAUAUGAUGACGACCAUGACCCCGAACACGGUGAAGAAGAAGUUUUACAAACAUCCAUUAAGACAGGAAAGGUUUUAACUCAAAGUCUCAUUAUUGACACCAAAGAUGGCGAAGUGGACGUUCUUCAAGAGCUGAAGAAAAAUACUUCUUCGGGAGGUGGUGGUAGGCAUGAACUUGAAAUAAAUGAGAUAGAAGAGAAAUUAGCCGAAAAAGCAGAUAAAGAACAUAAACACAAUAUCUCCGAUAUAAAUGAACUUCAAGCUACAUUAAAUAGUAAAGCGGACAAAAAUGAACUUGACGCAAUGAACAAAGUUUUGAAAUCUCAUAAACACAAUAUCUCCGAUAUAAAUGAACUUCAAGCUACAUUAAAUAGUAAAGCGGACAAGAACCACGUUCAUUAUAUAACUUCAGACGAACAGAUUAUAACGGACUACCAUGGAUAUUUAACACGAAGUGAUGAAGCGAAGACAAAAAAUGUUAAUGAAAGAAGAUAUAAAUACAUUCGUGCUAAAG